AUGGAAAUUGAUGAAUACGCACCCAAAGAUUCCAUGCUACAGGCACUUAAAGUCAAUUUCAAUGACGAGAGUCUGAUAGCAGCUGAAAAAGACAUUGUCGCAUAUUUGCAGACUCAGCAACUAAACCGAGAUAAUACGAAAGUGAAUCCUGAAGAUGUGCUAACCGCCGACAUUGACGAACUAGUGCUGGUGCCCAAAGCCAGUUUGUUAGCCUCGCCAAGGCCAAAGCACCUUAUCUUGGAACAGCUACCGCAUAUACACGAGAGUAUCGGUUCUGAAAUAGAAUGGAACCUACAAAUGCGCCGACAUGUUGGUCACAUCACGAAGGUGGAACGCACCAGCGUCACCUUCAACUGUAAUUCGAGUCCCGACUUCCAGAAAUUCAAAACAUCGAAGGUCGUUAUUCCGACUUCUUUUAAGCUAAUCAACGAAUCUAUUGCAACAAAUGUUGAACAGUUGCAGGCUGUUAAGCAAAUCCUAGCUGGUCCAAGCACUUUGGCACCCUAUAUUGUAUUCGGACCGCCUGGCACUGGUAAAACCACGACCAUUGUUGAGGCCAUUCUACAACUAUAUAGCCCAUCCUCAAAUAAACGUAUAAUUGUAACUGCAGGAUCGAAUUCAGCUUGUGAUACUAUUGGACUAAGGAUUUGUGAGUGUAUUGAGAAAGACGAAAGAUUUUCUUAUGACCGCGAAAUGUCAAAUUCAAUUCUUUUGCGAGUGUUUUCGGAUUCAAGAUCAGAAAAAGACUUGAAAUUGGUGCAUCCGUUGGUAUUGAGAAACUCUAACUACCAUCACAUAAAGAACGCUAAACAAGGGAUAGAAGAAGAUCCGAUAGACUUGAAUGAGUAUGGCAUCAUUGUGGCCACAUUGUGUAAAGUUGCCUGCAUGGCUCGAAAGAGAAAGCUAAAAAAUGUCAAACACAUUUUCAUUGAUGAGGCGGCAGCAUCCUCUGAGCCGGAAUCGCUUUUAGGUAUCGUGCACCUUAAAAACCGUGACUGUCAUGUGAUACUCUCCGGUGAUCACAAGCAAUUAGGUCCGGUUAUCAAGAGCAAACGUGCAUCAUCACUGGGUCUGGGUCAGUCUCUGAUGGGACGUCUGAUGGACAGCGAGUUGUACAAGGUAGACGAUAGUGGUAACUACGAUUGCACAUUGCAGACCCGUUUACGUCGAAACUACAGAUCUCAUCCGGAGAUUGUGGGUCUGUUUAACAAGCUCUAUUAUAAUAACGAGCUCGUCCCACUUGCGCCACUGGAAAGGAUCAACCAGGCCGCCAACUGGGACUUGCUGCCCAAUGCACAGUUCCCCAUAUUAUUCCAGGCCACAUAUGGCAAAACGGAACGUCAACCUUUAUCCUUCAGCAGUUACAACGAGUUGGAAGCCGAGGUCCUUUGCUGGUUCGUGUGGAUUCUGCUCAAAAAGGGACUAGGCAAUGGCUCAAAAGUGGAGCAAGAGGACAUUGGUGUCAUUUCACCCUACUUGGCGCAGUGUGCGCUUCUUAGCAAGAAACUCCGUCAGCGGGUCUCAGCCAGUCUGAAGACCUUAAGUUCAUUAUCGAUCAGUGCAAGUUGCACGGACAUCUUUUAA